AUGGACGCGUUUGUGACAUAUCGCGCUUUCCCCUUUCUACCGACCACCAUGUCAUCGCGUCGCCGAUCCGCCAGAGCUCAAGAGUCAUCUGACAUCGAGGAAGGCGCUACACAGACGCCAUCCAGGGAGGACGUGGACAUGGAUGAUGAGGAUGAACAACCUCGUCGCAGGACCAAGAGCAAAACAGAUAAGAAAGAAAAGAGACCUCAAGUCAACGGCGAACAGCAUACAACGCCACGGGAGGCCCGGCAGCCGGACACAGACGACGAGGACCCUAUCGAUGUGGAGAACUUUGCCGACCAACCGCUCGGGGAGGGGGAUCUCCAGAAGCUGAAUGGGCUCUCGAGGGAUUGGAUGCUCAUGACAGCGAAGAUUCAAGAACAUUGUGGCGCCAUCGACGAUGUUGCGGUAGCUGUUCUUGACCACGGAGGAAAGGAGGUGGCAGACAAGAACCUUGAGGAAAUUGAGUUGUUGGUGAAGGGAUUCAUUGAUAUCGAGGCAGAAAUGCGAUUCCAUUCGAGCGUCCUAGAUGAAAUACAUGAGAAGCUAUCUAAGAAGGAGACUAUUUGCGAUGCUGUACCUCGUUAUCAUGCUGGCGUUUUGAAGCGUUCUCAGGAGUAUUCUGCGAAGACUACGCGUCAGAAAUACGCUAAAAAUGAACAGUACAAGGCUUUCAAGCAAGCUGUCUAUGAAGUAGACCAUCCCAAUGAACCUAUGCCACCAAUGACAGAACUGAUAGACAAAGAAAAUGGAGAUGAAAGUGACGAUGACGUCGAUAUUGAAGUUGGAGGCGUGACACAAGACUACAAGUGCCCUAUAACUCUUCGUCUUAUUGAAGAGCCUUAUACAUCGAACAUCUGCAAGCAUUCCUUUUCCAAAGCUGCCAUUAAAGAGAUGUUUAGAAACGAAUGCGACGCGAAGAAAUGCCCUGCUUCUGGAUGCAGAGCCUCGUUCAGGCUAUCUGACUGCGUACCAAAUAGGGACCUAGCAAGAAAGAUCAAGGCCUAUGAGAGGAGGAAGAAACGAGCGGAAGAGGCGAUGGAAGUGGAUGAGGUGAUUGAAUGAGGCGAUUGACGAUGAAGAUGAAGGGAAGCAGUGUUCUGACCUAUAGUCGAUCCACUUUGUCCUAUUUUACGUACGCCAGUGCCAAACGAUGAUUGCGAUGGUCUAAGAACGUUUCUACAAUGUUACUGGUACGAGUUGGUUUUAUUGUUAAAAAAAAGAGAAGAUACUGCAAG